CCCAGCGCUUCCACCCUCGCUUUCCUCGGGCCGCCCCGCUCGGCUCCUCGCGCCUCGCCAUGUCGGACACGCGUGGCGGCAGUGACAGCCGUCCCGACGAGACCGGCGUCGAGAAACAGGACACGCAGGAGAAGGAAACGGGCAUCCCUGAGAAAGAAGAGGAGGCCAAAUUAAAAGCCAAAUACCCCAACAUAGGACUUCAGAAGCCCGGGGGGUCUGACUUCUUAAUGAAGAGGCUGCAGAAAGGGCAAAAGUACUUUGACUCCGGAGAUUACAACAUGGCCAAAGCCAAAAUCAAGAACAAGCAGCUGCCAACUGCAGGUACCGACAAGAACCUGGUGACCGGCGACCACAUCCCCACGCCCCAGGAUCUGCCCCAGAGAAAGUCUUCCCUCGUCACCAGCAAGCUGGCAGGGUAACCUGCUCUUCUGAUGGGAUUUUUUUCUUUCUUUCUUUCUCUCUCUUUCUCUCUUUCCUUUUUUUCCAUUUGGGGGUUUGGGGGAAUUGGGUUGUUGUUUUUCCCCCCCGUUGUCAGACUGAGCUGAACUCUGCUGUAACCCGCAUCUGGGACCCACAGAACUUCCACUGUGGCGGAUCUCUUUGUAGUAAUCAAAGCCAGAAGCCGAGACCUGGACUUGUGUGCCGUU